UGGUGCUACAUCAGGCAAUACACAUGACCCCCUCUCACUCUCUCAUACACCGUAGUAACUCACGAGUGUAUCAACAAAAAAAAAAUGCGGCACCUUUCCUACCAACUACUCAUCUCGAGUCUCCUUUUUCUUUUAUUUCUUUGACAAUUUCUACGGUCCAAAAUGUCGACUGAUAUUUUCUUCAACAGCCCGAUUGACAAUCAGGAGAAUCCUUUACAAAAUUCAAACGCUUCCAGCUCGGUUGUCAUGUUUGAAUCGGCUAUUCUAGAGGCUCCUAACAGAACAACGACACCAUUCCGAAGUUCUGAAAUUGAUACAGAUGAACCCUUGGAUAGAAGUCAAUUUGCUGUCUAUGAAGAAAACUUGCCGGAGUGGAAGUUUAUUAGCGACUCGCACAAGUCAGAACGACAAGCUCUACACAAACAUAUUGCGGAUCGACUUCAGGAACUACGUGAUAUUGAGGAAUGGUUUGAAAAAGCUAACGCAGACUUUCACAACCGAGUCGAAGAAGGCUAUGUUGCAUUAUCGGACGAGCUUGGUGAACGACAAAGCAUGUUGGAACAGGACAAGAAAAAGUACGAUCGAGAAGAACAAGUCAUGAAAGAAGUGCGCAAGUUUCAGCAUGAGAAGGUCAAAUUAAAUGUCGGUGGUCAGCAGUUUGUGACAUCCAGAACUACCUUGACCCGUGAUCCGAAUUCUUUGCUGGCCAACCUCUUCUAUACCCAAGAACCGGAUGAGGAUGGAUCGUAUUUUCUCGACAGAGAUAGCACGUAUUUCCGACUCGUGCUUAACUAUCUUCGAGACUUGAAGAUCCCGCAAAAUGCACUUGACGAUCCCAGAAUUAUGGAUGAACUUAUGCAAGAAGCUCAAUAUUACCGCAUCAAUGACCUUCUAAAGCUUCGCUGGAUGGACUUGCCUGUUGUAACCCAAGAUGACUUGUACAGGAUGUAUCCGUUAUCUCCAUCCAGUAACGAGCCAACUUUAUUCAAUCUACAAGGCAAAAAGCUCGUCGGACUGGAUUUUUCCAACUACCACAUCGAUCCAAGCUCUGAUUUUUCUGGGAGCAAUCUCGAAAAUUGUCGAUUCAAGGAUGCCUGGUUCAUCUUUGACUUUACGCAUCAAGUGAAUUUCACCAACACAUACCUGAGAGGAGUUCGAUUCCCUGAACCUGGGACACAACGUCGAGCGCCAGGUAAAAAAAAAACAUACCUAAGAUGUGGAGAGGAUAUGGAAAACUGGGAAAACAAUUAAGUCUCUCAACACAAAAUGUUUCUAUUGAUGAUUAGGCGUGCAAUUUAACCUGGAUG